CCCCCCUCAAAGAUCUGCCAUCCAAGCUCUGGGUGGAUUUUGCACUCCCUGGGAUCUGAGUCCAACCACAGGUCAGAGGCACCCUGUGAUUUGUAAACUUCUGACUGAGAUUAACCUGAAGCCUUCAUCUCCUAAUGGUAUUAAAUAUACCUCUGAACAGAAGGAUUACAAAAACUGGUCUGCAGUUAUGCCUCAUGGAAGACCUGCCCCACCUAACAAGAGGAAAAAGCCCUCUAAGAUCAUCACUGACCUGUCACAUGUCACUCAAGAUGAGUUUGAGCCUGAGGCAUCAGAGUUUGACCUGGGGAUGAAGAUCAAGACUCCCAAGGACACCAUGCUGGAGGAGCUGAACCUCUUCACCAACAAGGGCUCCAAGAUGUUCAAGAUGAGGCAGAAACGUGUGGAGAAGUUCAUAUAUGAGAACAACCCUGACCUCUUCGGCAGUGAGUCUAUGGAGAACUUCCAGAAGUUGGUCCCCAGCCUGGGUGGUACAAUGAUGUUGGAUGCUAGUGGACACAUGGUGGACAAGCAAUCAGGCCCUCCUGCACCCCCUCCCAAACCAGGCAAAGAUGGGCAUGGUCAUGGUAAUGAACAUGGUCAUGAUCAUGAGCAUGGACAUGAGCAUGGUAAUGAGCAUGGGCGCCAUGGAUACCAGGGACAUGUACAUCAUGAUGAUGUUGCUCCAGGAGAACAUGGUCAUGGUAGUCAUGGAGUAGAGGUUGCCUUAGACAAAGCCAAGAAAAGGCAUGAUUAUGUUCCCUCAUACAUAUCACCGUGGGAAAAGGCCAUGAAGGGCAACCAGGAGCUGACAUCCAGCAUGAGAUAUCAUAUGCCAGGCCCCCAUGCCCACCUUGAUUUGCCCAAGUACAAGUCUUUCAACAGGAGUGCUACACCAUUUGGGGGCUUUGAUAAGGCCUCUCAGCUCAUGACCUUCCAACUGCCAGACACCCAUGAGGUGGCCCAUGAGGAGCCUGAACCAGCUGUGGUAUACCAGCAUGACAUUGGCGCUCGACCCUCCUUCAACCGCACUCCUAUAGGCUGGGUGGGAAGCAGUGAGCCCAGCAGCAUCCACAUGGAGUUGGAUGCCCUGCCCUUCGAUGGGGAGACUGACGACCUGUGAACAGCAUGCCCCACAGACCCAGAUGUGCAGACAAAGACCGCGCACAAUAUAUACAUCUACAUAAAAAAAACAUAACACUUUUUUAGAAAGGUUUGUGAGCCAGUCAACUUUUCCUUGAGUUCAAUUCAUGAAAUAAAUAGUUUAUGAAAACAAACCACAAAGCUCAAUAUUGGGCUCUUUAAAUUAGAAUGCAAGAUAGAGAGAGAGAAAGAAAGAAAGAAAGAAAGAGGGGGUGAUUAGUUAGUAUGUUUGCAACAAAGAAAUCAAUCAUGAACAAAGACAUCAAUUGUGAGCCUAUUGUGUUCAACUUCCCAGUGAACACAGGAGGCUACCAUAACUGUGAUUUAUGCGUACUCUUAUUUUUUUCCCCAUUAUGAUUCAUUUAGUAGGCAUAGUAUAUUGUUCAAUCACACAAAUCUCCAGCUCAGUCACGAAGCAGCAGCAUAAUAUAGUUUGUCCAUGAGGAGAGACAAAUAAACAGGACUGAAGGGUUGAACUUUGUUUCGUUUUUUUCUGUGUCAGCAUGUUGCUGUGUCCACUGCUCAUUCGGGAGAGCUACAAGUUGUUCCUCUAGCUAUAGCCUUCUACCAUCAUGGUUUUUACUGUAUUUCUCUGUUUUCUGUGUUUCUGUGCCACUUUGACUUUUGACAGCUUUGUCAAGGCCCUGCAAAUCCAGCAGCCUAGCCUAGGAUGCAUGCAGUAAGCGUGAGGUGUGCUAAUUUCUGUUGCGUGAUAGAGAUUGUGAUGAACUAAUACAGUACUGCAUCACCCACGAUUUCUCCCUAAUAAACUUUUUCCAAUUGUA